ACAAAAAAGACAAUAUGGCACCACGGCGAGCUGAGGAUAUCCCUUUAAAAAGGGUUGCGGCAUUGGGCUGUCGUUUACCAUCUCGUCUUCCUGCUGGAGAAAUUUUAAAAGAUAUAACACAAAAUUUAUGGAGAUUGGGUGACUCGAUAGGUUGCGGAGGCUUUGGAGAUGUUUACCUUGCUUCGAGUGACAUUCAUAAGCCGGUUGGACCAAAUGCAAAAUACGUCAUAAAAAUUGAACCACAUAAUAAUGGACCUUUGUUCGUGGAAAUGAAUUUUUAUAUAAGAGCUGCUCGAAAAUCAAUAAUUGAAAAUUGGUGUAAGGCACAAAAUUUACGUCAAGUAGGAAUACCAUCUUACGAAGGUUCUGGGUCCCAUAUUUACGAGGGUGAACGAUAUCGAUUCUUAGUAAUGCCUCGAUAUGGAAUAGACGUAGGCAAAGUGUUUGUUUCAAAUGGUAGAAAACUUUCGAAUAAACUUAUAAAUAGUUUAGCUAUACAAAUGCUUUACGCACUAGAGUAUAUUCAUAGCCAAGGCUAUGCUCAUUCGGAUGUUAAAGGGUCUAAUAUCUUGUUGAAAAAGAACAAUCAAGAAUAUCGCACAGAGAUUGAAAAGACUCAGGCUUUCCUUGUUGAUUUUGGCUUAGCAUAUAGAUACAGAACUAGCAAUGGUGUUCACAAGCCAUUUGUACAUGAUGAGAGAAGAGCGCACGAAGGAACUUUAGAAUUCACUUCGCGUGAUGCUCAUCAUGGCACACAUUCAAGAAGAGGAGAUUUAGAAACACUAGGAUAUAAUUUACUGCAGUGGCUUUGUGGGAGAUUACCUUGGGAAAAUGAAAAUGGUGGCUUAUCUCCAUCCGCUGAUCCUGAUGAAAUUCAUGAUAAAAAGGAAAAUUAUUUAUUAAAUGUUGAUUCAUUUAUGAAACAAUGCUUUAAAACGAAAAAUGCUCCGGAAAAUAUAACAAAUUAUAUGAAGUACAUUGCUAAUUUAAAAUUUGAGUCUAAACCUGAUUACGAGUAUCUUAGAAGCCUAUUUCGACAAGAUUUGAGCCUUGAAAGUCUUUUUGGAAACAAAAUGUUUUUUGCAAAUGAAAAUUCUUCGUCUAUUAAAAACCAUAAAAAACCAUAUUUACGAGAACGUAAACCAUGCAGACAAGUAAAUGGAGAAGUAAGAAUCACUCGUAAUACACAGUUAAUAGUUGAACAGCAGCAGAAAAAAGAAAGCGAUUUCAGUUGGGAAGCAGUGCUCGCUUGUCAUCCUGACAAACUGGCAAAAAUCAGUGCUCAGCUACCAUCGUCGCCACUCACUCCGCCUCCAUCGCCACCGCCCCCAUCUCUUCCUACCUAUGCGAUGCUGGCAAUACUACAGAGGAUGAAGGAACGACAAACAGGUUUGGUGAGACAGAGAACGAAUUCAAAGUCUUCCGAUAAUGAACUUAAAGCGAAGUGGAUGACACCGGCAAUGGAAGAAGUGGCCCUAUUGAGAAAAAAGAGUUUGGAGCAACUAGACGCGAAUGCCAACAAAACCAAAAGACUUACUCGCUCUCGCAUGGCACAGCUCAAACAAAUCAAUAGCUCAAGUAAAAGAUCAUUACAAGUUGAUGGAAGAAAUGGAUUCAAGAAACAAAAAUUGUAUUAAUUAAUAACACCUUACACAAAUAGAAUUCGAAAAUUUAAUUGGUCAUAAUCAAAACAGAAAUUUUUCGUAUAAAAGUAAUAUGUAAGUAUUAUUAAUGCCUAGGUUAAAAAUAUCUGACGUUCCUGCGAGAGGACAAAAUAAGACUCACGUGAUUCUCGCCACUUUUUCGUAAGACUGCCUUACCACUGCUUAUUUAAAGCUUUGGUGAUCAAAAAAUCCUCGAUUGUCCCCAAAAAUCCUUUUUCCUUUUAUACAAAUUCUCUUCAAUUAUGUCCAUUAUUUUAAUGUAAUAAUUCUUGUUAGCUUAAGUAUGUAUGUGUAAAUUAAAAGUUAAACUUAUAAGAA